AUGAAAUGGGAAGAGAUGAAAACAGAAGACAAUGUCUCCACUGUGCUGGUGAUGCAGUUCACACUCCUGGGAUUUUCUGAAUUUCCAAAUCUCCAAGGGUUACUGUUUGCACUGUUCUUCCUCAUUUACAUGAUUGUCUUAAUUGGAAAUAGCCUCAUCAUCAUAGUAACCAGGCUUGACACUGCCCUGCAGAAACCCAUGUAUUUUUUUCUGGCCAACUUUUCCUUUUUGGAGAUCUGCUUUGUGUCGGUCACUGUCCCUAGGAUUCUGAAGAACCUGUGGACUCAGGACAGAAGGAUUUCAAGGCUGGAGUGUGCCACUCAAAUAUACUUCUUACAUAUGCUGGGGACCACCGAGUGCUUCCUGCUGGUCGUGAUGGCCUAUGACCGCUACGUGGCCAUCUGUAACCCUCUGCACUAUCCUCUGAUCAUGAGCCAUAAGAAGUGUGUCCGGUUGGCUGUGGGCGCCUGGCUCAUUGGCAUCCCAGUCCAGAUGGGACAAAUAAGUCAGGUGUUCUCUCUGCCUUUCUGUGAUUCUAACCGAAUCAACCACUUUUUCUGCGACAUCCCCCCCAUGUUCAAGGUGGCCUGCGGGGAUACGUCCGUUAAUGAGCUGUGUGUCUUUAUAGCAGCUGUAUUAUUUGUCAUGAUUCCUUUUCUGCUGAUACUUAGCUCUUAUGUCAAAAUCAUCUCCACCAUCCUCAAUUUGCCCUCAGCUGCAGGUCGGUCCAAGGCUUUCUCCACCUGUUCGUCUCAUGUCAUAGUUGUGGUUUUAUUCUUUGGCUCUGUUACUAUCACAUACUUAACACCCAAAUCCAACCAUUCUGCAGGAAGUGACAAAAUGCUCUCUCUUUUAUAUACCGUUGUGACCCCGAUAUUCAACCCCAUGAUAUACAGCCUUAGAAACAAGGAUGUGAUUGCAGCUGUGAAAAAAUUACUGCUUAAGAAAACAGUGUGA